AUGUGGCCGUCACUAAGCUUUGUACUCGCCUCGGCCACGGCCGCCAUUGCGUGUGUGAUUCCCGACGAGCCGCUCUCCAACAACAUCCCCCAAGGCUUUGCAAUUCAAUUGCAGAAUGCAUCAUUCCCAGAUAUUCACGAUCACUUCCUCAACAUAUGGGACUGGGGCCAGGGAGAUCAGCACCUUUUUGUUAGUCCCGCUGGAAACUCAACGAGCGAGCUGACGCUCGUCGACGGCGUCAUCACUCUGCCAUGGAGCCCGCCGCGCCGUGCGUGCAUCAACGGAGAGUACGAGGUCAAGGACAACACGACCAAGAUCUUCAUGACUGACCGCACUGACCCCCGCGCCAUCUUCAACGUCGUCUACGGCUGCAACCCGGACACAGACGCCCUGCAGACCGAGCUGCACAUUGCCUCUCGAGGUGAUUUGGCCCAAGGGGGUACCGUUGGCGUGCGGCCAUUCAAUUUCAUGUACGAUUUCCGCUGGACUCCGGAAGGGACCACGGGUAAGCUUGUCGCGUAA